ACACAAUUUUUGUACCAUGUUCUUGGACUUUUUGACUGAUUUCUCCGCUCUAGAUGACCAUAGGCUCUCGGUCUUUGGCGUCUUGGUCGUGUUCAUACCAUGUUUGACGUACUUUGUGACAAGUACCAAAAGUUUACGAACUGUCAAGUCCACUGGUAUAUCCGAGCCUCCAAUCGUCCCUUACUGGAUACCUUUUAUUGGUAAUCUGCCUUCUUUCUUGAUCGACACCCCAGCAUUUACGAGAAGAAUACAGUAAGCGAGCUUCUCAAGACAGUCUCCACGUCGUAUCUGACAGACAUAGUGAUCGAUUUGGAUCUACCAUCCCUGUGCGCGUACGCUUGGGUCCAUUGAAAGCAUAUGUGCUCUCCAGUGCUGAGCACUUUGAUCUUGUCCUGAGAGGCUCGCGAGAUCUUCGUUCUGGCGUGGGCGUGCUGAUGGUCAUGCAACUUCUCUUUGAUCUCCCCUCGGCCGCCAAAAACUUCUAUCAGAGUGACAACUCGGGAGUUGCGCCUAAUCCUCUACCAGGCACCAAUGUACCUGCUCACCAUAGAGUUGGCUUUAUGCGUCAUCAUGCGGCGAGCAAGUAUCUCAAUGGUGCACAUUUACAAGGCAUGACUGAGAGGUUCGUGGAGACUUUCAAGAUGCGCAUCAUGUCUUCUGAGCACAUCUCUGAUGACCAAUGGACUGAAUUGCCAGACUUCCAGGACUGGCUACAGAAGGAGUUAUUCAGGUCGGCCAUGCGAGCAAUGUGCGGACCCCACUUUGAGCGACUCAGCCCAACCAGCGCUGAUGAUUUCUGGGAGUACAUGCGUUUCAUACCUGUCUACGGCAAAGGACUCCCUCGCUGGACCAAUCGUGCAGCUUACAGAGCACGAGAUAGAGUUUUGGGUGCGAUCAUGCGCUGGCAUUCGCAUGCCGUGGAGCAUGCUGGCUGCGAACCGAGAGCAGAUGACUCGAUAUGGGAUGAGUACUGGGGAGCGAAGAUUAUGAAGGAACGAUAUGCUUAUGCUACUAAAACUGAGCAUCUAUCAGCUGAGGCCAAGGCCUCUGAAGAUCUCGCCAUGAUAUUCGCAAUGAAUGCCAACGCAGUACCUGCAACAGUCUGGUUCGUGCUGGAGCUGACGCGUUCACCCGAACUCUUACUCAGAGUCAGGAAGGAAGUCUCCGCUGCACGUAUCAAGCUCCCAUCUGGCGAACCAAGUCCGGAUCCUUUCAACCUUGACGUACAUGUCUUGGGCUCAUCUGCUCUUCUACAGUCUUGCUAUGCCGAGAUACUUCGUUUGUACAUGACCGCAGCUCUGAUGCGUUCUCCAGAGCGUAAUGACUAUAUACUAGGACGCUGGCGCUUUCCCCGAGGCAAACUUAUCGUACUCUCCAGCCGUACCGCGCAUCACAAUACCGAUCUUUGGAAUCAGGGAACACCGGAUGACUUUCACCCAAUCGACAAAUUCUGGUCUGAUCGUUUCCUCGGGGUUCCAGACGAUGAAGUUCGAGUCGGACCAGCAAGAGUUCUCCAAACAGACAAGGAAGGCCCCACGGUCACCAAGUCACCUUCCGAUCAUGAUAACACAUCAACCAAGACUGACCCAGAAAUCAAGUUCAGUAUGGAGCGAGUCUCUGCAGGAGGCUGGGUCCCCUACGGAGGAGGUGCUCACAUCUGUCCGGGUCGUUUCUUCGCCAAAAACGAGAUGUUAGCGACCUUUGCACUGAUCAGCACCGCUUUUGACAUUGAACUCCUUGACCCUGACAUGCAUAUUGAGCCCAACAUGGACUAUUUCCCUAUCGGGAUGCUGCCACCGAAGCCAAAGUUGCCGUUCAGGAUCAGGAGGAAGACGACUGCUUGAACUUUGGAAGCCGAGGGAAGAGUGAUAGAUUGGUAUGUCGUUUGACUUAGGAUGUUAGAUGCAUCAUAUGGAAGUGUUCAUCUUGUUAGAAUAGAUGCAGUGUAUUCGAGUUUGGAUACAUCGGACGCUCUGAGAAGAUUAAGGGAACCUUGGUUGACAACAUACACUAGCUAUGAAAUGCCCCAUUCUACUUCCUCAAGCGGCUACCUCAUAGCUUCUACGAUAGAGUUGAUCAACAUUAUUGAGAUACCAAGUCCCAGGCACCAGAGCUUUGCGAUCCCCAAUUGGAGCCCGGUCCGACUUUCCAUACGCAUCUUCUCUCAGAGCCAAAGCAUUCUCAAACUCGGUAGGAGUGCAUCUAAUUCUCGCCGCGAGCCGAGAGUCAAGAUUCAUUGCUUCCCGCAUGUUCUGCGUAU